GCGCGCUCUUGAAGCUUCCGCAGUCGCUAUGGAGCUGGUGGGCAGCUAUGUCGACCCGGACGGGCAACAGCAGGUGCUGCGGGUGCCCUGUGAGGCUCCGGACGACGACGACGCCGAGUCUUUCAAGAGCUUGUUGUCGGGCCUGGCCCAGAUGCGGGAGCUCGUGAGAGAGCUCCUCCAGGAUCCUCUGGACCCCAUGGCGGCGGUUCCGGACGCCGAUUCGGCCCAGGCCUCGGACGAGGGUGAGCUCUGAGGGGUCGGGAGGGGAAAGAAAUGAGCCCCUGGAGCCAGAGCACAGCGGGGUGGGCGUUUGCCUUUUUGCACGCAGUCCACCCGGGUU